AUGGCUCAAUUAGAGCAACAGCGUAGAGCACAGUUUCUCCAGGAAGCUGCUCAUCUACUCGCAGUUCCUUCGCCGGCAGCGGCGUCUUUCCUCGGAAGAGCGCGCGACCAAGUGGUUCGAGACGCGGAGCUAGAAAUUGCGCCAAAGGAAGUCGAUGCGUAUCGUCGUAGUAUAUGCGGCGCAUGCGGCAAUGUUAUGAUCCCAGGAUGGUCAUGUAUAACGUCGAUUCGGUCUCAGUCAAGAGGAGGCGGGAGCCAAAAGGGCAAGGAUAGCAAGAAAGUCAAUAUUGCACCAGAGCGCAAGACUGCACUUGAAUGCCUGAGAUGUCAUCGAGAGACCAUUCAAACACUGCCACCAAAACCACCAAGACGGAUCAGGAGGUCGAGAGCUCACGCACAGCCAGAGCCUGCUGCAGAAGUUACGGUUUCCAGGAAGCUUGCCGACAAUGCAGCCAUGAAGACGGCAAACGCGACCAGCAAGCAGCGGCAAAAGGCUCGCAAAGGCGGCCUGCAAGCAAUGCUGGAAAAGAGCAAAACGCAGAACACAGGAACAGGCGGCUUUGACCUCAUGGAUUUUGCCAUGUGA